UUGCCGUGUUUCUGGCUAUUCUUAGAUCUCAUUUUGUAACUCGCAAUUUUUGGUAAUAAUCUCCGAAUUUCAUGUGCUAAAAAUAAGAUAAUGCACAGAAGUGGUUCAGUGACCAAGUGGUGUGAUAAGGAAUGCUUAAUUUGUUGAGCUUGUAAUGUAAAAAUAAAGACAAACAUGGGCGGCCACGGACGCUACUUGUUGUUAUUGUUGUUUAUUACGGCGUUAAUUAAAUUUUCGGACUCAUUACCAUAUGAUGUUCACUGGCUAGGGGGCCCCACAACAAUAGAGAGAGAUGUGCCCACCCCUAAUAAACAGACUGUAGACAUUUACUGCUACAGGGGAACUUCAAAAAAUCUAUUUGCCAUUUGGCAAACUGUAAAGUUCAACAUAAAAAUAAAAAACAAUGAGUUCAGCCAGUACAUUGGCGAGUCUCCAGCGGAUGUGUACAAGGAGUUUUCUGAAGAUAGCUAUGGCUGGUCCUCUGUUGUCAAUCCUUUCCAGAAGAAACCACAGAAGUCUGUGUCUAUCAACUUAUUUACUCCCACCUGUAUGGCUAUUAACACAAGAGAGAGACAUACCAUUGAAUUACAAGUUUUGAGAGUAGACCUAUGGCGUAUAAUGUUAAUGGCAGCGGGUUUGGUGCUGAUAUUCUCUUCGCGUGCUCUCUGCGGGAAUCCUGUAUUCUUCUACUUGUGCGGGAUAUUUGUCGGUGUGUUUGCCUCAUUUAUGGUGCUCGUGUACUAUAUUAGCAAGCUGUUGCCUAGGAAAACUUUGACAUAUGGUAUCUUGAUAGGCGGUUGGACGGUCGGAGUGUACCUAUUCCAACAAAUAUGGGAGAACAUACGCACGCUGGUACUGACAUACCAAACGUAUAUGUUCUGGUACACUAUGAUUAUAAGCUUCGUCAGUUUCCUAGUCUGCUACAGAAUAGGACCGCCGAAGAACGAAAGAAGCAAGAAUUUGGUUAUGUGGACUUUACAGUGUGUAGGCGUACUAAUGAUAUUCUUCAGUUCUGAUUACCAAGAAGCUUCGGCCGCUGUCAUUAUCGCGUCACUGGUCGCCAAGUACUUCCCGCAGUCCCUGACCAACAGGAUAUGUGGAUACUGGCGUCGCAAAUUCCCGCCAAAACAGAAGCUUCUAACCAGCGAAGAGUACUACGAACAAGGUGCGCGGGAAACAAAGAUGGCGCUGGAAAACCUAAGGAAGUAUUGCUCGAGUCCUGACUGUGCUCAGUGGAAGAUCAUGCUCAAGUUGAACGAUUCUAAGAGGUUUGCAAGUUUCGUGGAAGGCAAUUCCCACUUAAGUGAUGAUGAAGUUCUAGACUAUGAAGCGUAUGCCUUCUCCCUGGAGCGUUCCAGGAAACCAACUCCCAUGGCAAAUUCCACCAGGAACAUGGAGAUCUCAGACGACGACGAUGACGACACAGACUAUGAUGAUGAUUGAGCUGAUGACAGACUGAUUUAGUAUAGUUUUAAUGAUUCUGUUUCCUAAGUAAAGCUAGGUGAGUAUGUUUCCCUAUAUUGGGAU